UCCCGCAGGACCUUCGCGUCCUUCCCCACCACCAAGACCUACUUCCCGCACUUCGACCUGAGCCCCGGCUCCGCCCAGGUCAAGGCCCACGGCAAGAAGGUGGCCGACGCGCUGACCACCGCCGUGGGGCACCUGGACGACCUGCCAGGCGCCCUGUCCGCUCUGAGCGACCUGCACGCGCACAAGCUGCGAGUGGACCCGGUCAACUUCAAGCUCCUGAGCCACUGCCUGCUGGUGACCCUGGCCAGCCACCACCCCGCGGAGUUCACCCCUGCCGUCCACGCCUCCCUGGACAAGUUCUUCAGCGCCGUGAGCACCGUGCUCACCUCCAAAUACCGUUAAGCUGGAGCCGCGCGACCCUCCCGCUCCCGGCCUGGGGCCUCUUGCGCUCCGCGCACCUGAACUUCCCGAUCUUUGAAUAAAGUCUGAGUGGGCUGCAGCCUC